AAAGCGUAGCUGGUAGAAUUGACCCAGAGGAGAUUCCGUAGUUCACUGCUAACACAGUUGUUAGGCUACAGUGCUACAUUAAUGACAGUUAAGUGCCGUUUGUCCGCAAGCAAUUGGAAAAUGAGUCAAAUAAACAGAGUAUUUAACGUUUAUUUUUGAGUUUUCCUGUAGCUGAGUGUAUGUCGCACACUGAAGGCCAUUUCGUGUAAUUAGCUAACCUAGCGGAAUAGUGUGCGGUAGGUAGCUAGCUAGCGGUUUAGCUAACGACAACGUUAUUAGAAGAGAAUCAGAAACAAACGCGGAGACAAAAAGGAGCCUCUGCUGUCAGUAAGGAAUAAUCCACCUGCUGUGCCAGGAUGAACGUCGCUAAAAGUGGUUACCGUGUCUUUUCCGCAAACUCCUCCGUAGCAUGCACAGAAUUGGCAAAGAAGAUAACAGAGAGGCUGGGAGUUGAACUGGGGAAGUCUGUGGUCUUUCAGGAAUCUAACAGAGAAACUAGAGUGGAUGUAAAAGAAUCAGUUCGUGGACAAACUAUCUUCAUCAUCCAGACCAUACCGCGAGAUGUAAACACAGCUAUCAUGGAGCUGCUGGUAAUGGCCUACGCCCUCAAGACCUCUUGUGCAAAGAACAUCAUUGGAGUCAUCCCUUACUUCCCCUACAGCAAACAGUGCAAGAUGAGGAAGAGGGGCUCAAUAGUGAGCAAGUUGUUAGCUUCAAUGCUAGCAAAAGCAGGGAUAACACACAUUAUCACCAUGGACUUGCAUCAGAAGGAGAUCCAGGGCUUCUUCAGCUUUCCAGUAGACAACUUGCGUGCCUCUCCUUUCUUGAUUCAGUUCAUUCAAGAAGAGAUUCCUGAUUACAGGAAUGCCAUCAUUGUGGCAAAGUCUCCAUCAGCAGCAAAGAGGGCGCAGUCCUAUGCAGAGCGCCUGCGUCUGGGUCUGGCUGUGAUUCACGGCGAGGCUCAGUGUUCAGAGUCCGACAUGGCUGACGGUAGACACUCCCCACCUUGCGUACGCAACACCACAGGACACACAGGACUGGAGCUUCCUCCAGGCAAACAACAAGCUCCGUUCCCCGGCAUAGAGCUCCCAAUCAUGAUGGCCAAGGAGAAACCCCCCAUCACUGUAGUCGGAGACGUGGGAGGGAGGAUUGCCAUCAUUGUGGAUGACAUUAUAGACGAUGUGGGAGACUUUGUUGCAGCUGCAGAGAUCCUGAAAGAGAGAGGAGCGUAUAAGAUUUAUAUCAUGGCCACACACGGCUUACUGUCGGCUGAUGCUCCGCGCCUCAUCGAGGAAUCCGCCAUCGAUGAGGUGGUGGUAACCAACACAGUCCCCCAUGAAGUACAAAAGCUACAGUGUCCCAAAAUCAAGACGGUGGACGUCAGCAUGAUCUUAGCCGAGGCCAUCCGCCGCAUCCACAACGGGGAGUCCAUGGCCUACCUGUUCCGCAACAUCACCACGGACGACUAGAGGGAAGAGGGACAGGUGGGUGUGGCCGUGACUGAAAAUUAGAGCACUUCUACGCAGUGCUGAAAAAACAUGCUAACGCCAUGAUCCAUGUGUUGUGUGUCAGGACUACAUGUAUCCUAAGAGGUUUAAAUAGUAAAUACUAAGCAGUUAUUCAACUUCUUGUCAAAAGGUGUAACAAUGUGCUUUGUUAGGUUAAAAAAACGUUGAUGUAUUCAGUCAUUUUUUUUGAAGCCUCUCCUCGUCGAGCUCCGCUUUUCCGACUUGCGCGGAAAUGCUUUAUAUUUAAAUAAUUAUUUUGUCUUGCACUGCGCCGUUACCUCAUCUGAUGAGCUUCAACAGCAAUAGAGAAGAGAAUAAAUUGUCCGGUUUCAAGCGUUUGUGCUUUACUCACAAUGUUCCUUCUGAUCGAGACUGUGACGCGUGUUGCUUGAAACCAGAGACAGCAUUGGACACACUCCUGCUUAUUGAUGCCCAAACCUAUUUAUAUGCACCAAUGUUGGUAAUUAUUUGGAUGCUUGGCAACAUCUCCUAUGUGACACGAAAAGGUUCUUAACACUGGUGGAGAUGAAUGGUUAUUUAUUUUAUGUUAGUUCAACUAAAUUAUGAAAAAACACGUUUUCCUACCUUGUCUUAGAAAAUAUAGUUUUGGUUUAGUGCUUGUUGCUUUGAGGAAUCUGCUCCUGUUUGUUUCUGCUGUUACCCCUGUGCAAUGGAAGUCAAUGGAAUCUCAUUUACAGUCCUCAAAUAAUUAAUAUGCUUUGUUUGAAAUGGAAAAUGUGGGGCUCGAAUUGAAAUAUGUUCACAGAGAAGCGUGCACGAACUUGGACAUUAUUUCCUGUAAUGGAGAUAUUUAAAGGAUUUAAUCACACCAAAUGAAAUUCCAUUGACUUCCACUGUAUUGCGGCUGUGACAUAAAUGAAACACGGAUAUAUUUUAUAGCAUUGAGUUUCGAUUUUUUUCUUUCCUAUUGUUAUUAUGUUGAUUUAAGUUGACUGACCCUUUCACAUACUCCAUAGCACCUGACUGAGCAAACCUGUUACGGUUUUUAUCUCAAAUGACUGAUAGUGACAUCACACUGAAGGUGAAUUACACAGAAAUGGCCAUCUUUGUUUCAAAUUACAAACGUUGAAGUCUUAAAACUCGAGUGUUGAACCGGCACCUGGAUGUACCAAAAGGUCCCGUGCUUUAGGUGCAUCACUUUACAAACACAACCAUGAAAAAUGUCAACAUGGUGGGCUCUGAGGUUGUUUUUGUGCCGAACCAAAGUAAUUGGAAACUGAUGACUGCUUGAAAGGUAUGAAAAUCCCCAGCAUUAAUGUGAAAGAUGUACGUUUUUAGUCAACUGGCAAAAACAUCACUGGGGUCUUAAUGUUCAUGUACAACUUUGAUAUUUUCCCAUUAAACACUUUGAACACGCACCCCUUUUCGCCCUCUGAAUAAACUUCAGUGUGUAUUUCUGUGAGGAUCAAGCCUCCUGCUCAGGGAAAUAUACUUAAAAAGCCACAAUUAUUCGUUCAAAGUUUGUUCCCAUUUCACAUGUCGAUAUGUCUUCCAUACAGAAGAGCUGAACGCCUUCUGCUCCGUUUUGUUGUUAUUAUGUAUGCUGGAUUCCUCCGGAUGGGUAUUUAAGAGCUCAACGCACACGCUGGUGUUGGCACAGAUUCAAAGGUUGUCGAUAUUAAAUGCUGUUGCUAUGCAGGCUUAAAUGUUAUCCGUCGCCGGUGUAUUUCAUCAUGUCGUCUCUGAAUAAACUGUUCCCCUGA